AUGGGUGGAUGCAAUAUCGCCAAAUUCAUGAUUGCCUUCGUGGCCGCCGCCUCUCUCAUGGGCGGCAUUUCAUCAGCUGCGGAUGUAGAUAGGGAACUGAAAUUAGAAGUAGAAAGUAACAUGGCUUUGAAAAAAGCUCUCUCCCUUCAAGACAGAUCGGCAGCUAUAAGACGUGGAAGGGAACGUUUCCAAAGGGUUAUAGAGAGAGUUAGCCAUUUUGAACCAAAGGAGGAUGACUUGAAACAAUAUGAAGAAUUGUUCAAGCGACUUCACCGAAUAAAUGACGUCAACACACCAAAAAUUAUUCUACAGUACCUGGGUGAAUUACAAGCAGGACCAAUUUCUGAUGUGCUUAUAGAAGGUAUUAUGAGUUACAUUACUGCAUUCAUAAUGGCGAAUAACUUUAAAGAACUUCGACCCACCUUCUCAGAUUAUGCCGAAAGAAUAACACGCAUUUCUAUAGAAGAAAACAGGCGGUGUUCCGAAUAUGCUGGACUCCGUGUUUUCCAGAGUCGCGAUUUCCUGCUGGCCGUUAUCACCCUCAUCGGCACCGAUAUCCUGGGCACUGACACACAUAUGUCAACCUACCGUGUGGCGCUGCUCAUACAACCGAAAAGGAUGGUAAUACUACGUGCAAAGCUCGUAAACUUGGAAAGCGACAUGGCGCGAAACGCUGCCUCUGAACAAUAUAAACCUCUAUUCCAACUGCUCAGCUUCAGAGGUCCUAUUGACAAACCUGACGAUAUUAUUGAGGAGCUUGGUACAUUACCACGUUGUAGAAUCCCUUAUUUCACUGCAUGUAUGAGCACUGAGUAUCUUUCCAUGGUGUCAGCUAACAAAAGUUCUAGCCAUCUUGGAGGGGGAAACAAAUACGACGGUCAUCGUAGCGUGCUAUGGUAUUACGUUCUGAAGGCAUUUACAAGAUCAUGCAUGACUCAGUUAACUUAA